CUCAACCUUGAAGAUGGUGAGUAGCCAGCCAAAGUACGAUCUAAUACGGGAGGUAGGCCGAGGUAGUUACGGUGUUGUGUAUGAAGCCGUCAUCAGAAAGACUUCUGCACGGGUUGCAGUGAAGAAAAUUCGAUGCCACGCACCUGAAAAUGUUGAACUAGCUCUUCGUGAGUUCUGGGCACUAAGCAGUAUCAAGAGCCAGCAUCCAAAUGUGAUUCACUUGGAGGAAUGCAUCCUACAGAAAGAUGGGAUGGUGCAAAAGAUGUCCCAUGGCUCUAAUUCUUCCCUUUACUUACAGCUUGUAGAGACUUCAUUAAAAGGAGAAAUUGCCUUUGAUCCCAGAAGCGCCUAUUAUUUGUGGUUUGUAAUGGAUUUUUGUGAUGGAGGAGAUAUGAAUGAAUAUCUGCUGUCCAGAAAGCCCAAUCGUAAAACUAAUACCAGCUUCAUGCUUCAGCUAAGCAGUGCUCUGGCUUUCUUGCACAAAAACCAGAUCAUCCACCGAGAUCUGAAGCCUGAUAACAUCCUGAUUUCUCAAAGCAGGUUGGAUACAAGUGACUUGGAACCUACACUGAAAGUGGCAGAUUUUGGUCUAAGUAAAGUUUGUUCAGCCUCUGGGCAAAAUCCAGAAGAACCUGUGAGUGUAAACAAGUGCUUCCUUUCUACCGCCUGUGGAACUGAUUUCUACAUGGCUCCUGAAGUGUGGGAAGGACACUAUACAGCGAAAGCAGACAUCUUUGCUCUGGGGAUCAUCAUCUGGGCCAUGCUGGAAAGGAUCACAUUCAUAGACACAGAGACAAAGAAAGAACUCUUGGGGAGUUAUGUAAAACAAGGAACUGAGAUUGUGCCUGUUGGGGAGGCACUUCUGGAAAAUCCCAAAAUGGAACUUCUCAUUCCUGUGAAGAAAAAAUCUAUGAAUGGGCGAAUGAAACAACUGAUUAAGGAGAUGCUGGCUGCGAACCCUCAGGAUCGCCCAGAUGCUUUUGAAUUAGAACUCAGAUUAGUACAAAUUGCAUUUAAAGACAGCAGCUGGGAAACGUGACAUAUUAUUUGCAAAUAUCUUGGAUGACAUGCUGCUUCUGAUUUAACAGUGAUGCAACAUUAUGUGGCUGAAAAAGAAUACAAAAGCUAACUCCGCAUUCUAAGGGUUUAAGAUUUUGUUGUGGGCUGUUUUCUUUUUCUUUUUCUGAAUUUAAGCCAGCCAUUUUGUUAGUAUGUUUUAAAUGUGUAUUACCAAUGUAGGUGUAAAUUUUUUUUUAAACCAUUGGUAGAAGUUUGGCAGAAAAAGCCAAGAAAAGAGUCCAGUUUUCUGAAAAUGUCUCAAGUAUUUUAGACAUUCCUUGUCAGUAUUAGGCAUUUCCAUGGAAGAAGAGGUUUGCGUGCUGGUUAUGCAACCUUUGAAGCUUUGUAAAGGAAACAUAUAUGUAUAUAUUUAUGUAUAUGUAAGUUUGUGAAUGUGCAUUUUGCAUUCCAGAUGAAGAAAAUGCCACUUCUGUUUAAAUUAUUUGUUACAGGUUUGAGUUUUUGAGAUUUGCUGAUGAAAUCAGUGAUGAAAAGUAAGCCUUCCCUCCCCUCCCCAGUCCCUCCCUCUGAAUGAAAAAUACUAAAUUUUUGUUUUUUAUUCUUUUUGUACUAGUAUGCAGUUUUUUGUUUCUCUUUUUUGAAGCCAUCAUUUUGGAGGAGGUAAAAUUAUGAGUAAACAUAAUUGAAAUUAAGCAAUUCAAAGCUGCUGAAGUACGUUUGAAUUCUCCAGUACCCUAUAGCUGUUAGGGUUGAGUUAAUUAUGCAAAUCAUAUAGUAGCAGGUUGGCAAGGACACUGGUAAUACAGUCACACCUUUAGGUAACUGAGUGUUUAAUUAAAACCACUGCACUGGGACAUGUCUUUUGUUUUGUGGGUUUUUUUGUUUGUUUGUUUUGGUUUGUUUUGUUUAAGACAGGGUCUCAUUGGGUAGUACAGGC